AUGUUACCGCCAAAAAGAAAAAAAAAUGUUAAAAUAGACAGCACAGAAAAAUUUGAAGUUAUUGAUACUGAAGAUCUUGAUCCAUUAUAUCUUGAUGAAUUUACACUACCACCUAUUGAUUCUGGUAUGGAAGCAGAAGAAGAAAAAGAAGUUCAUCUUAAAAAAAUUAUAGAACAAAAAACUGGUGAAAUUCCAGUUCCAGUAAUUUUUGAAACUGAGAAUCUUUUUGUAAAAAAAUACAUACAUCCAGAAACAUAUGUGAAAUAUCAUAAAGAUGUUAAUAUUGAAUAUUGCAAAUCUGAAGAAGACAAAAAUCUAAUGUUAAGUUAUAAUAUAAAUGAAGAAGAAUACAAUUUAAUUAUACAACACAUUAAAAAAGAAAUUGAUGGAAGUAAAAGAGUAUCAAGUGAAGAUAAUAUUUUAUAUGAAAAUGAAGUCUAUAAAACAGUUUAUGAUGCUAUAAAAUAUAAGUUUUUACUACGUGAGGAUUUAAAUGAAUCAUCUUCUUAUGUUUGCUUUAGAAAAAGAAUUAUUAAGCCUAGUAGAAAAAAUAGAAGAAGUGAGACACAAGCAAAAGAAAAAAUAAGUCGAUUAUAUACUGAAUUUAAUUUAAUUCAAACAAUGUGUGAUUUAAGUAAAAAGAAACAUGAGAUAGAUAAUGAAAUACUUAAAAAUGAUCUAGAAAUUAUUAACAAAGUUAAUGAAAUAACUUUCAAAUAUGAAAACACUAAAAAUAAAAUUCGUAAUGUUUUAAACUGUAAAGAAAUAACGAAGAAGAAUUUUGUUCUACAAGGAGAUAUCUUUCAUAAUAUUUUGUAUAAUAGAGACAAUAUUAAAGCGCUAAAACGUAAGUUAAACAGUAAGUUGACAUUCAAUGAUGAAGAUAUAAAAAAAGAGUGGAUAGCUUAUCAAAAAUACAAAAGUGAUGAAUUGUAA